UUAAACCAUACGGAGUAUUAUUUCUCCACCGCCCAUCUUCUCCGCUUCAACGUUUCAGACCUCCAUAUUCAGUGUGCUUCGAUCGUUGUUUCCUAAAUCGCUAGUAGAGAAGAUUUCAGACACUUGCGGACGUCCAUAAGAUUUGUAGUCUUGAUCAGUUGUCAUGAGUAGUAUUCCAGACUUCAAUUUUUGUGUGAAUGAAGACACUCCUAUUGUUAAUGAAGAGUACAGGGGUUCAAAAAAUCAGCUUCUGGAAGAAGGAAAUAUUGAAAUAGAACCUGAAAUUGGGAUGGAGUUUGAUAGUGCAGAAAAUGCUUACAAUUUUUACAACUCAUAUGCAAGGAGGAUUGGUUUUAGUGUGCGUAUUUUCCGAACUAACAAAAGUAGAGUUGAUAGUAAACUAAUUCAACGUCAAGUUUUAGUGUGUUCAUGUGAGGGAUUUUACAAAAAAAUGAAGACACCACAGAAGAAACGAGAUGAGACACGUUGUGAUUGCAAAGCAUCCUUUGCAUUUAAACGUCUUCCAAAUGAGAAGUAUCAAGUGAUUGGUUUUGAAUCAGUACAUUCUCACGACCUUGCACCCUUUGAACAUGCUGGUUACUUGAGAUCUCAACGGAAAAUUGAAUUUACGCAAGCUGAAAUGAUGACCACAAUGCAUGCAUCCGGCUUGAAGCAAGGACAGAUUUUCUCAUAUAUGUGUGCAGAAGCAGGUGGAACUCGGAACCUUAAUUUUACAAGAUCAGAUUGCAAUAACUUCCUCCAAAGAAAGCGAUCUGAGUUUUUCAAGAAAGGUGAUGCAGAAUGUCUUCUAGAAUACUUCAAGCAGAAGAAAAAUGAGAACAAACAUUUCUUCUAUUCAUUUAGGUCACAUGAAGAUGGUGAAAUAUGUGGAGUAUAUUUUGUUGGGUGUGUUUCGGAAAAUAAAGAAAAAUAAUUAAAAUAAAUUAAUUAAAUAAAAUGACUAGAGGAAAACAAGAAAGGAGAUGAAGCAGAAUUAGCCAAAGCUCGUGCUACGCACGAUUUCCUUAAAACGUAUUUGUUGCCUCCCACGGUGCUAGGAGCGUUGCAACAAUCGUUUCCCAGGAUACGAUGACUACGAACUAAUGUUUGAGCACACAAACAAGAGUUCCAGCGAACGAGAACCAAGUAUGAACACAGAAGGAUUUUGAGAGUAGCUGGAAGAGUUUUUAGCUCAAGAAAACGUGAGGAAAGUGAUGUGCGUUGUCAAACCGUGUGUUUGUUGCAAAGCACCUGCCAGCUAUUUGUAGGAGGAUUUGUUGUGAGUUAAAUGGGGUGUUAAUGGACCUGAACGUUGGACAUCAAUGACCAGUCCGUUGGGCAUUGAAUCGUCCAUAAACUGUCCAUUUAACGCUGCAUUAAAAGAGAAGAACGUUGGGCAUUAAUAGUUGUAACGGAAGAAAUGCGUGACAGAAGACCCCUUGGAGGGGUUCUGUCCGAAGCCUGCUCUUCUGGGGAAAAAACAAAAAUUAACCGUAUCUCUUGAGAAAUAGAUUUUUGGACGGCAUUCGUGUCCGCAGGUCGCCCGCGCACACGAGUCGCGGUUUUUCUUCUCCGUUUCGGGAUUUGAUCGGCACCCCCCCUGCGCGUAAGAGAGAGCCUUUCCCUUUAGGAAUCUUAACUCCUUAAAAGAGGCUUCCCUUUAAAAGGGGGUGAAAAUCCCUUGAGUUUUUCGGUGUGGGAUAAAACACACUAGAAACUCAUCAUUUUCCCAGUUUUUCCAUUACAACGAGCGAACUUCGAGAAUCAAUUUCUCAUUCACCCGUUAUCCGUUUUGAGCGUACCAUAUAUCGAAUUGUAGCCCUUAACAAGGAAAAUCCGAAACCACUUUGACCCGACCCAAAUCGGAAGUGGACCCCACUCAAAUAAUUGCCCCAAAAUGACCAUUUAAUGCAAUUUUUAACACAUUUUUCCAACAAUCCCCCACAUGAAUGAAAAUUGAUUUUCGAGACUUAAAAAGACACGAAGAUAGGAGGACACGUUGUGUUCACCGGAUGAUCCUUGCAUACGGAGAGGUAGGUUUUAUCCUUUGAACCUUCCGUUGUAAAGACACGUUUAUUUACUGGCUGUCUAGUAGACUCGAUGUCCUUGAACUAUACUGCCGUCGUGUAAACAUUGACUUAUCUUUACAUAAGAACCUUCCAACUUUGUUCCGUUCUCAUGGGUGUGCCCGUUUUGGCCAUGGGUCACCGUCCUGGUUCUGCAAGAGUUUCUAAAGAACUGAGUCUUCACAGUUCUCCUUCGAAGCGGCCCUCUUCUCUCUCACAUAGGUGAUUCUUUCACGAGUAUCCCGCAUACUCUUCCAAUGUUAUCGAGUAGAUCAACAUUUUAGAAUCAUUAAAGCAAACGUUUUUUUGCUAACCUCGUGCGGGAGUCACUGUUUUAACGAGGAGUGGGUAGGAGUCCGGGACCCCCACAGUGACCAUCCUUCGCUCUAUAAUUUAGUUGUCCCUUUUGAACCUAGGACCAACUAGGUUGGGUAUCCACUAUAGAACUUUUCAAUUCACGGGCUUUAGUCCCAUUCCUCGUGACAACUUGUCCAACAAUUCUCUAUCCAAUGCCUUGGCUAGCGGAUCCGCUAUGUUAUCCUUUGACUUCACGUAGUCAACAGUGAUAACACCCGUUGUGAGGAGUUGUUUAAUGGUGUUAUGUCUACGACGAACGUGUCUAGACUUACCAUUGUAGAGAUUGCUCUGUGCCCUUCCAAUUGCCGCUUGACAAUCGCAAUGUAUGCAUAUUGGAGGGACAGGCUUCUCCCAACUUGGAAUAUCCUCGAGAAAAUGGCGUAGCCAUUCAGCCUCUUCAGUGCACUUAUCCAAGGCUAUUAGCUCAGACUCCAUCGUGGAUCUAGCUAUUAACGUUUGUUUUGAGGAUUUCCAUGACACGGCUGCACCUCCCAAAGUGAAGACAUAUCCACUUGUGGACUUAGAGUCCUUUAUGUCGGAUAUCCAACUAGCGUCGAUAUACCCUUCAAGUACAGCUGGAUAUCUUCCAUAGUGCAGUCCAAGGUUUUGGGUUUUACGUAAAUACCUCAAAACCCGUAUUAUUGCCUUCCAGAGUUCAUCACCGGGGUUGCUAGUAUAUCUACUUAGCUUACUAACCACAAAGGCAAUAUCAGGCCUGGUACAACUCAUUAGAUACAUCAAACUUCCAAUAAUCCUAGCGUAUUCUACUUGAGAAAUACACUCUCCACGAUUUUUGGUAAGAUGAGUGUUUUUAUCUAAAGGCGUCCUUGCCUCUUGAUAAUCAUCCUUAUCAAAUUUAGUAAGGAUUUUAUCAACGUAAUGGGAUUGGCUUAGCGUUAGACCGUCAGGUCCUCUAAUUAUUUUAAUCCCAAGGAUUAAAUCGGCCAGCCCCAUAUCCUUCAUGUCAAAUUUAGAAUUUAACAUGCUUUUGGUAGAAUUAAUCAUUAGAUUAUUGCUACCCACGAUGAGUAUAUCAUCCACGUAUAAACAUAAAAUGACAUAGCCGUCUACCGUGCUCUUCACAUAGACACAUUUGUCACUUUCGUUUAUUUUAAACCCAUUAAUUAACAUUGCAUGAUCGAACUUUUCGUGCCACUGUUUAGGGGCUUGUUUCAAUCCAUACAAUGAUUUAAUUAAUUUACACACUUUCCUUUCUUGGCCUGGAACACGAAAGCCCUCGGGCUGUUCCAUAUAGAUUUCUUCGUCUAUAUCGCCAUUUAGAAAAGCGGUUUUUACGUCCAUUUGAUGAACUUCCAAUUUCCGCAAUGCGGCAAUUGCUAGUAUCAUCCUAAUGGAAUUUAUUCUCGUCACAGGAGAAUAUGUGUCAAAGUAAUCAUGGCCCUCACGUUGCUUGUAUCCUUUGAUUACAAGUCUGGCCUUGUACUUAUCGAUGGAACCGUCCGGUUUCAUUUUCCGUUUAAAAAUCCACUUGGAUCCCAAAGGUUUAUUUCCCGGAGGAAGAUCAACCAAUUCCCAUGUGUGAUUUUUAAGGAUAGAAUCCACCUCACUUUUGAUGGCUUCUUUCCACAUAGGACCUUCAGUAGACGUCACGGCUUCCGUAUAAGUCCGUGGCUCAUUUUCUACCAAACAUGUUAGAAAAUCCGGUUCAUUUUCUACCAUACAUGUUAGAAUAUCCGAUUCAAAUUCUACCAGGUAGGUGAGAAAAUCCGGUCCGAAGGAUUUUUCGACUCUAGCACGUUUGCUACGUCUGGGUUCGGGUUCUUCUCCGGAUCCCUCGCUAGUAUUUUUCAUAGCUACGUCAAAUGUUCAUUUUGACGUGCUAGGCCCUUCGUUGGACUUGCAUGGAAAUACAUCUUCAAAGAAUGAACCAUUCCUUGAUUCAAUUAUUGUGUUUUUAUGUACAUCCGGAUUAUUCGAAUCGUACACUAAAAACCGAUAAGCACUACUAUUUUGUGCAUACCCAAUAAAAAUACAAUCCACCGUUUUUGGACCUAUUUUUAUUUUCUUAGGUGUUGGUACAAGCACCUUAGCAAGACACCCCCACACUCUUAAAUAUUGAUAGGAAGGCCGUCUGCCUUUCCACAACUCGUACGGAGUUUUAUCAUAUUUUUUCCGGGGUUUUAUGCUCACAUGGGUUGAAAUUGUUUCGCCACUUAGAGAAAAACAGUUUGCCGCAUCAAUACUACUUGCAAAGAUGGACAAGGGAAUCUACUUAUCAAGAUAUUUGUGAUCCUAAUGGAGAGAUAAUUCCAAAUGAUAUUGAUCCAACGUUGACUACUCGAUACAGUGAGUUAUCACAUAUUUCACAAAGAAUUGUUUCGAAAGGCUCCAGAAACAUAGAUGUCUUUAAUAUGUGCAAGUCUCUAUUACUCAAGGUCGAAGCAAAUAUUGAUGAAUACCUGGGUACUAACAUAGAUGAAAACAAUCUGAACUCAGUCAUGGUUGAUGAACAAUCAACACCAAACCUCCAGACCAAUUGUCAUUUGCGAGAUCCAAUAAAACGAAGACCAAUAUCAAGAAAAAGAAUUAAAAGUGCACUGGAAAAAAGGUCACGGAAGAGGGCUCAAAGAAAGUGUGAUCCAUUGAACCCCAACCAUGCUAUGGAGCCGGUAAACAAGUGAUAUAUAUGAGAAAGGAAGGAACAAAAUGUGGUACACACAAAUGCAAAUUGUGUUUUUGUUGGGGUUGAACUGGACAAAUUGUAGGUCUGUUGAAUUUUUUUUUUUGCUCGACUGGGUUUAUGUGUAGAAAGGUUUUAGUCCUAUGUCAGAUGUGUUACUUUUUGCUUGUGAAUUAUAGUUUUGAAGGGAAAACGCCUGGCUUUUUUGUAGUGUAAAUUAUUUAUAUAUUAGUAUCAUUUACA